GUGCAAUGUGCAGUAACAUAGCAGUCAACACGCAAGAAUCUCGAUUUUCGCGGGGUAGAACAAAAAAAGUGUUUAAUUAAAUAUAACUUUGUUUCUUCAGUGUUUUUUGCGUCAAGAUAUUUUUUUUAAGUGUAACGAAUAAAAAUGGCAGAUGCUUCGAAGGGUCGUGGUCGAGGCCUCUCUUUAAUCCAGGCUUUAAGAGCUCAAAGAUCUGAGACACCUGGCCAGGAUGUACCACAUAAGAGUCCAGGUUCUAGUGAACCUCCUACAGUUGUUUCAAGUAUGGCUCCCAGUUAUGCACCAAGUGAAGUAUCGAGUGAAACACCAAGUGCUGUGAGUUCAGUAGCACCAUCAUCAGUUGGAGGUAGGGGUAAAAUUGCGGCGAUGUUGAAUAAAAUGCAUCAAAAGCCUGGGGGUUCUAGUGCAUCUGGACCAAUAUUAUGUCCAGCAUCUGAUGUACGGCCUACACCAGGUCCUGGGCCUGGCCUUGGUAGAGGCAUUAAACUUUUGCAGCACUUGAAGGCAACUCAAGCUUCAUCAUCAGUAGUGGGCAGUGGCGACAGCACAGUAGCCUCAGUUAAGUCAAUCACUGACCAAAUGGCAGCCAGUACAAUAGCCUCAAGUGCUCCAUCUUCGAUUGGGAAAAAUAAAUAUUUCAGGGAAGUCAAAGAUACACCACCAGUUGUGAAAAAGGGUGAGUCAGGUGUGCCGUGUGAAGUGACUGCUAAUUUCAUAUACCUCAAGUUUGAAGAAAACAAUGUGUUUGAAUAUGAAGUGCAAUAUGAGCCUGAUCAGGAUCACAAACAUCUGCGGUUUAAACUACUUGGAGAACAUCGUCAUUUAUUCAAAGAAAAGACAUUUGAUGGCACCACUUUGUAUGUACCACACAGACUGCCGAGUGAUGUGAUGCAGUUAGAGUCUACAAAUCCAUAUGAUAACAGCAAAGUAAAUUUGACUAUAAUGUUUCGCCGUACACGUCGGCUUAGUGAAAUGAUACACAUAUACAAUCUACUCUUCAAGCACAUAAUGUACGAUUUAGAGUUGGUGCGGUUUGGAAGACAGCAUUUCAACCAACACGCCGCUAUACAAAUUCCACAGUACAAGUUGGAAGUUUGGCCAGGAUAUGUAACGGCAGUAGAUGAAUAUGAAGGUGGUCUGAUGCUGACGUUGGAUUCUACGUCCCGUGUGUUGAGGACACAAUCUGUGCUCUCCCUAAUAAAGGAGACGGCUCAGCAGGAGGGAGCUAAUUGGAAACGGGCUCUAUCUGAGAAACUCAUCAGCUGUUCAGUUAUGACUACAUAUAAUAAUAAAUUGUUCCGCGUGGACAGUAUUGAUGAUUCAAUGACACCAAAAUCAACAUUUGAAAAGAAGGAAAAAGGUGAAACAAUACAGAUUUCAUACAUAGACUACUAUAAGAAGAAUUACGGCAUUGAUAUAAUGGAUUGGGACCAGCCGAUGCUUAUAUCAAGGGAGUCAAAACGCGUGCCAGGUUCAGAAAAACCAAUAGACUACAUGAUAUGCCUGGUACCAGAACUGUGUCAGCUCACAGGCUUGACUGAUGACCAACGGAGUAACUUUAAACUGAUGAAGGAUGUGGCUACUUAUACGCGCAUCACGCCUAAUCAGCGAUAUGCCGCUUUUAAAAAGUAUAUAAGUAAUGUGCUCAACAAUGAGACGGCCAGGAACCGGCUUAAAGGCUGGGGGCUAAGUCUAGCACCGGAGACUAUAGACAUAGUAGCAAGAACCCUCCCACCGGAGACGCUAUACUUUGGCAAUAAUGUUAAAGUACCGGGAAAGCCGAAUGCAGAAUGGAACGCAGAAGUUACCAGAAACCCUGUCAUGCAAGCCGUUGACAUCAUGAGUUGGGCUGUUUUGUAUACGGAUAGAGAUAAAAAUGUUACUAUGAACUUCGUAGACACAGUGAAACGCAACUGCACCCCAAUGGGUAUACGAGUAGCGGACCCGAACUUGGUGAGGCUACCCAACGACCGCACUGAUGCCUAUGUGAUGAGCUUGAAGAAGACCAUAACGUCCCAGCUGCAGCUGGUUGUGGCGAUAUGUCCAACGAGUCGAGAUGAUAGAUAUGCGGCCAUCAAGAAGAUAUGCUGUGCUGAUAACCCGGUAGCUUCUCAGGUGAUAAACGCACGCACAAUAAUGAACAGCCAAAAGAUCCGCGCCAUCACGCAGAAGAUCCUAUUGCAAAUUAACUGCAAGUUGGGCGGCACUUUGUGGAGUAUCAGUAUACCCUUCAAGAGCGCGAUGGUUAUCGGUAUUGAUUCGUACCACGAUCCCGCGAGAAAAAGGCGGAGUGUUUGUUCAUUUGUAGCGUCUUACAACCAGUCUAUGACCCACUGGUAUUCAAGAGCAGUGUUUCAAGAGAGAGGUCAAGAAAUAGUGGACAAACUCAAGGCUUGCUUGGUCGACUCGCUGAAACAUUUCUUGAGAGUCAAUGGCCGCUUGCCAGAGAGGAUUAUUAUGUAUAGGGACGGUGUGGGAGACGGCCAGCUCAAACUGAUCCAAGAUUACGAAAUACCGCAGAUGAAGGUGUGUUUCUCGAGCUUCGGCGACGUGUACGAGCCAAUGCUGACAUACAUCGUGGUACAAAAGAGGAUCAACACCAGGAUCUUCAUGAAAUCCCAUCAGGGCUUAGAAAAUCCUCCACCGGGUACUGUUGUUGAUCACGACAUUACUAGACGCAAUUGGUACGACUUUCUCAUAGUGUCGCAGAAGGUGAACCAGGGCACGGUGACGCCGACCCACUACGUGGUCGUCCACGACGACAGCCCCAUGUCCCCGGACCAGUGCCAGCGGCUCACGUACAAGAUGUGCCACCUGUACUACAACUGGCCCGGGACGGUGCGCGUGCCCGCGCCCUGCCAGUACGCGCACCGGCUGGCCUAUCUGGUCGGCCAGAGCAUACACGAUACGCCUUCUGAUGCGCUGUCGGAUAAGUUGUUCUUCUUGUAGUGUGCUAUAGACUUUGUAUUAGUAUAUAUUCAUAUAUAUCUAUAUAUACUUCUGCAUAUAGUAGGGGGGCCAAUGAGGGGAUUAUGGGAUAUGCUCGAGAGCGUCUGAUUAAUAUAAGGGCAGUUACUAUUGCUAAGUAUCUAAAAAGUAGGAGCAGUUGAUAUGGUGCGUGCGCUAAGUAUGUGCAGGAAAUUAUAAAAUAUCGAUAAUUUUCAAAGUUUAGGC